UCUUUGAAUUCCAAUAGUUGUCAACGAUACACUAGACAUGGCUUCGAUACAGCAACCAGCUAGUUCAGGUUCUGAUGGCCAACGAUAUGCUAUGAACGACGAUAGAAAACGAAAGAGAAUGGAGUCCAACCGUGAAUCUGCAAGGCGGUCACGGAUGAGGAAGCAGCAGCAUUUGGAAGAGUUGAUGAGCCAAAUGACACAGCUACAGAAUCAGAACGUUCUGUGGCGUGAGAAGAUUGAUGCUGUGGGAAGAAACUACCUGACCCUUGAUGCGGAGAACAAUGUCCUGAGGGCUCAAAUGGCAGAACUGACUGAACGCUUGGAUUCGCUCAAUUCGCUCGCUCGUUUCUGGGCUGAUGCUAAUGGACUAGCUGUGGAUAUCCCUGAAAUUCCAGACACUUUGCUUGAGCCGUGGCAGCUUCCUUGCCCAAUUCAACCCAUCACUGCUUCUGCUAAUAUGUUUCAGUUUUGAGCUACUGCUCUGCAGUUCUGAACUACUCUGCUCUUAGCUUGAAUUCUUGUUUAAUCAGGUGUUGCUCUUGGAUUGGAAUAUGCGAUCCUUAGUGGAAGUGGACUUUGUUAGGGGUUGCUUACAUUAUCCUUUUUGCAGUCGGUCACUGUUUUUUGUUUAUUGUCGGUCGGUAGUUUCUGUUUGUAUUAGCUUGGUGUUAGUUUGGGUGUUGUUGGUGCUCCAAAUGUUUAGCUCUGGUGUGUUCGCAGUUUCUAGCGCUGUGUCAAUGAUCUUUGCUCUCCAGUUUUAUAAAUAAAUCUUUUAUGUGAACGA